AAAAUGGAUAAAAGAAAAAUGUUGUUAUUGGCAGCUAUGCUGUUUGUAAGAAAUCAAUAUUUAUUUAAUGAAAAAAUGAAACUACUAUUAAUUAAACUAAUGGACAACCGAACUCGGAUGAAAGCUCUCAUAAACAGUAGCGCAAUCCUACAAUCCGGGAUUGCAAUUGCUCAGGCACGCGUACGGGAAGUUUGGAAAUUCAAUCGCAGUGUCACAUUUUGGGAGUACGACGUCCGUGCAAUGGAUGAUACAAGAUUUAGGGAAAACUUUCGUCUCGAUAGAAGGGGUUUCCAAAAAGUGUGCGAUAAAGUGCGCAGUAUUGAGAAAAUGGAUAACAACAUGAGGCGUUGUAUUCCACUCGAUAAGAGAGUGGCUAUCGCACUUUUCUCUUUGGGCUCGGCAGCGGAGUACAGGACAGUUUGCAGUUUAUUCGGCGUUGGCCGUAGUACUGUUGGUAAAAUUGUCCUGGAUUUUUGCCAUGCAGUAUGCAAUAAUCUUGGAGAAUACAUUAGUACAUACUCCCCCCAUCCACAAGAAAUCAAAAUAAUCGUAGACGGGUUCGCAGAACUGGGCUUCCCGCAAUGCUUCGGAGCUGUAGAUGGCUGCCACAUCGAGGUUCAGCCAAGAAAAGAGGAUGCGAUAGAUUACUACAACUACAAAGGAUGGUAUUCUGUGGUUUUAUUGGCAAGCUGUGAUCACAGAUCAAAAUUUACGUAUUUAAAUAUUGGAUCAACUGGGAAAAAUAAUGACUCGUACAUAUUUGAAAGAAGUUCGUUAAAGCAUUUCCAUGAAAGUGCUGAUAUUUUUGUACAAAAUAGCAAAGUUAUUAACGGCGUCAAUGUGCCUGUGCUACUUAUUGGCGAUUCUGCCUUUCGUUUAUCGCGCCACAUGAUGAAACCAUACCCAUAUGUAGCUAAUCAACCGGCUGUUGAAAAACUCUACAACUAUCGACUUUCCAAAUGUCGUCGACUGAUCGAAAAUGCUUUCGGGCAGCUGAAAGCCCGUUUCCGAAGAAUAGGCAGAGGUUUACAGGUAGCGGCUAAAAAUGUCAACAUUGUUAUAAGAGCAUGCUGUAUUUUGCACAAUUUUUUAAAAACUGAGAAUGACGAAGUUUCUUCCGUCUGGCUGCAAGACUCUGCAGAAGACGCAGCAACCAGAAAUCAACCCAAUCAAUCUAUAAGGAUUGGAAACAAUGACCAACUAGCAGCGACUAUUCGAAAUGCCAUCGCUAUGAGUUUUGGUUUUUAUUCGAACUUGCAGGAAGUUACAAAAAUCAACAAUAGCAGCAUCAACAUAUACAGCAUCAUAAUGAGCAGCGCCACUGAAAGCUUGGAUGUUGGUAGUGGCAAAGUGUCCGAGACAGAGCCGUCCAUGAGAAGACCGAUUGCGGAAAUGGACCCUUUCAAGCACGCAUCACGACUGGUUCGGUCGCUUACAAAUGUGCUCAACGUAGAGAAGGCAGUACGAGCGAGGUCGUCACCACCAGCGGUGCAGGAUAGCACGCCACAGGCGAAAGCAGUGCGAUCGCGCGGAGAAUAUAUGUCGGAGCUAGGCGAUGCAAUCAAGAAGCUGAUGGAUGUAAUGCGCCCACCUCAGCGCUCAAUCAACAACAACAUGAGGGACAUUGUCAGCCAAAUAGCAAAGUUGCAUGCAAAUGCACAUGAGGAGUACAUCAGAAUAAAAGAAGACAGACGGAACGUCCUCAUCACGACUGCGGAAACCCCCCCAAAGAGGCCCCGCGACGAAAACCAGCCGAAGCGAAGAACGCCACCUAAGAAGAACAAAACCACACAUGAAGAGGUGCCAAGGAAGUCUGAAACCAUCUUGAGUAAGGAGGCGAAAGAUAGUCGCCCUACCAAGAACAAAGAAAAGGAGGAGCAAAAAGGAAAAGGCUGGAUAGCGGUGAAAUGUAAACCACGAAGCAGCAAGAAGACAACGUACAAGCCGCCCCCACGUCUCGAUGCUAUAGUUAUAGCGCGAAAUGGAGAUAUGUCCUACAGCGACAUAUUAAGGGCGAUGAAAAAAUAUGAUGCUUUGCAAAAACUCGGCGAGAAUGUAUCGCGAAUUAGGAAGACGGCCAAAGGCGAAGUCCUGCUGGAGCUGAAGGAAACGCAAAUGAAAAGCAUGGGAGAGUUUAAGAGCGGAAUAUGUAAAGUGCUAGGCGAUCAGGUACAAAGCGCUUACCCACGAAGUAAUGUCGAAAUUCGGGACCUUUACGAGAUCACCACGAAAUAA